UAAGAUGGCGGGCGGCUGCAGCGCUCCGGAAGCGGAAGCGGCUGUAGCCCCCUGAGGGAAGGGGAGCGCGGCGGCUGGGCCGCGGAGCUGCUGAGCGCCCGCCAUGGCCAACCGGACGGUGAAGGAUGCGCACAGCAUCCACGGCACCAACCCGCAGUACCUGGUCGAGAAAAUCAUCCGCACACGCAUCUAUGAGUCCAAGUACUGGAAGGAGGAGUGCUUCGGCCUGACGGCCGAGCUGGUAGUGGACAAGGCCAUGGAGCUGAAGUACGUGGGGGGCGUCUAUGGCGGCAACAUUAAGCCUACGCCUUUCCUGUGCUUGACGCUGAAGAUGCUGCAGAUCCAGCCCGAGAAGGACAUCAUCGUCGAGUUCAUAAAAAACGAGGACUUCAAGUACGUCCGAAUGCUCGGUGCACUGUACAUGAGACUGACAGGCACAGCCAUUGACUGCUACAAGUAUCUUGAGCCACUGUACAACGACUAUCGGAAAAUAAAAAGCCAGAACAGGAAUGGGGAAUUUGAACUGAUGCACGUGGAUGAAUUUAUUGAUGAACUCCUCCACGAGGAACGUGUCUGCGACAUCAUUCUGCCUCGAUUACAGAAACGGUAUGUUCUGGAAGAAGCUGAGCAACUCGAGCCUCGGGUUAGUGCUCUAGAGGAAGACAUGGAUGAUGUAGAAUCUAGUGAGGAGGAAGAAGAGGAAGAUGAAAAGCUGGAACGAGUGCCGUCCCCUGACCACCGCAGGAGGGGCUACAGAGACCUGGACAAACCCCGCCGGUCCCCGGCGGUGCGGUACCGGCGGAGCCGCAGCAGGUCUCCCCGCAGGCGAAGCCGCUCUCCAAAGAGAAGAAGCCCAUCUCCACGGCGGGAGCGGCACCGCAGCAAGAGCCCCAGACGGCACCGGAGCCGGUCCCGGGACAGGCGCCACAGAUCCCGAUCGAAAUCCCCAGGGCAUCAUCGGAGUCACAGACACAGAAGUCAUUCCAAAUCACCUGAAAGAUCUAAGAAAAGUCACAAGAAAAGUCGUCGAGGGAAUGAAUAACAAAUCAAAGCCUGCACACAGUUUAAGGACCUUGACCUGCAGUCUCACACUGUCCUAUUUGCUUAGGGGACAGUUGGAUAUGUACUGGCUGCUUGAGCAGUCCACUUCUUUAGUCCUUCUCCUCUUGUACAAGUCGUGUUUGGUUUGUUGUUUUUGUUUUUUAAUUAAAAGGAAGCUAAGGCUACAGUUUAUGUAGUUACUCAUCUUUGUCACAGAGUGUGAGAAUUGUUUUUAAUUUUUUUUUUCAAACACCUGUAAAAAUUAAUGAAGAACAAUUAAAAAAAAAAAGUUUUGUCUUUA